AUGGUGAAAUCACUUUAUGACAUUUGCAUUCAAUGUUUGGUAGACCAUUCCCAGUUCAUUACUGAUCUUGAAGGAGUUGCCUACAAUCCAUACGUAUCUGAUCUAAUGAACUCACUAUUCUCGUCGAGAGGAAAACGGUUACGCUCAAAUAUUCUUGAUGUCAUUGGCGCUUCACAAGGCGAGGGUCUGCGGAAAGACAAAAAAUACGGCACUAUAGAACUUACAAAGCAUGCAUUUGCUUUUAACCAGACGAAUGCUUUACACUAUAUUGCUAAUUGGUUUCCUCGAUUUGUCUGUCGCCUCAACCUCUCAAACACUGACAUUGGAGAUAAGGAUAUCUUGUUGAUUGGUGGGCUCAUAAAUCUCUCAGUUCUUGACCUCAGUUGGACUUGUGUUGGUGACCAAGGGGUGGGGCACCUUUGUCGGAUGACAGACGAGAGUAGAUUGGAUGGCAACCCUCGAAUAAAGUUCCUAGAGAUGCUCAGUUUAACCGGAAACCAAGCUGUGUCUGAUGCUUCUCUCCUCAAUCUCCAAAAUAUCAAAAGUUUGAUUGGCCUGGAUCUAUCAUUCACAGACGUUACAGAUGUGGCAACUGUUGUGCUCUCUCGCAUAGGAUAUAAGCUUGCAAAUCCCGUAUCUAAUCCAGAAACGCCUUCAACUGAACCGAUACCUAUGAUCGUGUGGGAAAGUUCUUUGUGGUGGAACAAUACCAGUGUCGCGAACACGUACACCGAUUUUCCUCUCCAUAAAGAUGUCAUUGGACGUGACUCUGAUGUGUCUGCUUAUCUGUCCCGGAAACUAAAGAGCGUCAACCUCAAUCUUGGGAUCAGAGAAUACACGAACUUCACCUCGGUAAAGCCAAAAAAAUUAAACGGUAGCAGGAUGGUGUAUGUACGAUCAAAAGAAAAUAUAGCUAUACAAAAUAUAAGCGAACCUAUCAAGAAACCAUCUACUCCGCCUGUGAAUACAACAUCAGUUAAGACACAAUGGACUUCAUCGUCUUUUUUUGAUAUGAUACAAAAUGAUCUUACUGCGCCAAAUAUCCUAGAAUCUCCAGAAAAUAACAUUUUAUCAUAA